UGAUUUUUCAUUUUCCUUUCAGACUAUAUUUAUCCAAAAGAACAAGCCACUGAAAGAUCCACUGAGCUCUUUCCGCUGGCAGGGCUUCAAGCUUGAAGAGUACCUUAUUGGGCAACCUAUUGGGAAAGGGUGCAGUGCUGCUGUGUAUGAAGCAGCUAUUCCUUUGUCUUCCAACCACCAGAGAAGUGAAGACUGUAGGUCUUUAGAAAGGAAGAGUCCAGAUACACAGUGGGAUCAUGGCUCACUUAUCCAGGCCGCAGAAGAAAAAGCUAUACAAGCAAACCAGCAAAGAGCUGCUUUCCCAUUGGCUAUCAAAAUGAUGUGGAACAUUUCGGCUGGUUCUUCAAGUGAAGCUAUCCUCAGCACCAUGAGACAGGAGCUCAUUCCAGCAAGUGGUGCUGCCUUAUCUGGGGAAUAUGGAGCUGUAGCUUGCCACAGGAGACCUGUCUUUGGGAAGAAGAAGUUGGAACCUCAUCCAAAUAUAAUCCAGGUGAUUCGGGCUUUUACAUCCUCAGUUCCUCUGCUACCGGGAGCUUAUUUGGACUAUCCAGAUGUUCUUCCAUCAAGUCUGAACCCCAGUGGGAUCGGUCACAGCCGCACUCUCUUCUUAGUGAUGAAGAAUUAUCCAUGCACCCUGCGCCAGUACUUGAGAGAGAGGACUUCAGACACCCGCCUGAGCACCAUGAUGAUCUUGCAGUUAUUAGAAGGCGUGGAUCAUCUUGUUCAACAUGGAAUAGCGCACAGAGAUUUAAAAUCUGACAAUAUCCUUGUUGAAUUUGAUUCUGCUGGCUGUCCUUGGCUGGUGAUCACAGACUUUGGUUGCUGUUUGGCAGAUGAAAAUAUUGGUUUGAGAUUGCCUUUCACCAGCUGGUAUGUGGAUCGGGGAGGCAACAGCUGUCUUAUGGCACCUGAGGUGGUGACAGCAAUACCUGGUCCAGGUGUCCUGAUUGACUACAGUAAAGCUGAUGCAUGGGCGGUUGGAGCAAUAGCAUAUGAAAUCCUUGGACUGGGUAACCCUUUCUAUGGCCCAGGAGGAUCCUCUCUGGAAAGUAGACACUACCAAGAAGACCAGCUGCCGGCCUUGCCAGAUACUGUGCCCUUUGAUGUGAAGCAGGUGGUAAAGAUGCUACUUCAGCGGGAUCCGAACAAGAGACUAUCUGCUAGAGUUGCAGCGAAUGUGCUUCACUUAAGCCUCUGGGGUGAAAAUAUUCUAGCCCCAAAGAGCCUGAAACUAGACAAGGUGAUUGGCUGGCUUCUUCACCAAUCAGCUGCCACUUUACUGAUGGAUGGACUGGUGGACAAAAGCAGGGUAGAAACUAAGAUGAAGAUGUGCUUCUUGGCAAAUCUGGAGUAUGAAGAUCUUUGGGAAGCAGCAUUUUUACUGCUGUCUUGGAGAAACCAUUCUGUCUAAAGGGUACCAUUCUGUGUGCGGCCCUGCAGUAGAUAAAUGGCAUUUGCUGAAA